AUGCGGCCUCGGGUGCCAUGGAUCUGCAUCCUGACCUGCCUACAAGCCCGUGAGCCACAGGAUGCCCUCUGCAGAGCCGACGGCACAGGGGGAUGCGCCCAACAUGCUGGAAGCAAGCUUUCGUGGCGGGCCCGGCCGUAUGGAACCAAGGGUGAAGGCCAGUGGCAGAUCUACGGAGGAAGCUACAUCCGUCUUAUCUUCGAUCAGGUCGACUUCGAGGGCCCGGUGGAAGAUGACGAGUGGCAUUUGCUCUGGACGCACUUCCCUAUGGACAAUUACCUGCGCAACUUGAGUGGCGGUCCACGUUUGGUUCAUGGCUGCCAGUACUUCACCGCAGCAGGUCAGAAGUGCACUUUGGCAAACCAUCUGCUGCGCGUGCAGGCUGCGCUGAAGCAGGACGCAGGGGAGGACCAUGACCAUUUACAGACGUACAUCCUCAGGAAUCAAACACAGGUGACGGAGUUUCGCCGGAGACUCUCGCAAGAGCCAGACAAACUUUGGUUGAUCAAGAGCUGCUCGGCCGGAAGAUCCAAUGGCAUUGUGCUUCUCAACGGGCGGCCAGAACACUCGGACACCUUGCACAAGGUGAUGUUUACCUGGGCCGUGGCCCAGAAAUACAUGGAGAAUCCUUACCUUGGCUUUGGCGGGAGCAAGUUCCACAUGCGCCUCUAUGUGCUGGUAACAACCUGGCAUUCUCCAGCAAUCUUCCUCUUCGACGAGGGCUUCAUUUUCCGAAGCCGACAUAAGUACGAUCCCUCAUCUCCCUCUGUAGAACGAGAUGUUUUUUCAGCCGUGUCCGAUGAAGUUGAGAACCUCGCCUUGUCCUCCCUUUGGUCGCAUCUUGGCGAACAGGCGAGUGAAGUAAGGCUCCGCCUCCGACGCGUUCUGGCGGAGACCCUGGGGGUCUCAUUGAAGGAAUCCUUCGGCCCAGCCGAGAGAUUGGAUGAAAGGCCCUAUGCUUGCUUCGACAUCUUUGGUGUUGACGUCAUGCUGGACGAGCAUCUCCAACCGUUUGUUCUCGAGGUCAAUACCGGACCGAAUCUAUGGCUAGAUGAGCAGACCGCCGCAAAACAAGCCGUCAUCAAGGGGGCGUUUGUUCACCAGGUGUUGCUGUGGGCCCAUGAGUGGCUCCAGAGACGCAGGUCUGACCAACCUACCGACCAGGCACACAAGAUGCUUCUAAACUUUACAAAGCUCCUGUAG